ACAAAUUAACAUUUUUUAUUGUGCACUUGUGAUUUUUUAUUAACCCUAAAUUACUCUUAAUUUGGUGCAUCAAUUUGUCAAUACUUAAUUCACUUCUAAUUGUUCUAAAUUAAUACCAUUCUGUUAUUUAAAGAUAACUGUUUACUUUUGUGAUGUUCAACAGCAAACAAAUAUGGAUCUGAAGCUUUCUCGUCUUAGUUUUACAUUUUGAAAUGAAUUAACCAUGAUACAUUUUAUUGACCAUAAAUAAGACAAAAAUGUAAAAGAUUCAAGACCAACGGCCAGAAAUAUCGGAAAAUUACCUUUCUUUUCAUGACUCUUAUGGUUAAACUUGCCUCCUUGAUUGGUCCACCUUUUUCCCUCCUAUUUAUCAGCCAUUUAUUUGCAAGUUAAUAUUGAAAAACUUGUCGAGAUAAUAAGACAAAUAUGUUGGACUUGUAAGUAUAAAUAAAUAUCUGUUUAAUUGUAAACUGGUUAACCUUCAGUGUUAACACUUGCUGUAUAAACUGUGUGUAAUCCAUGUAACAGAGGGAGAUAGUUUCAAGAGUGAGAAAGAAAUGAGUUGAUAGAGACAAAAACAAGAAAGAGAGAAAGAGAGAGAGAAGAGAGAGAGAAACGAAUAAGGAGGAAAAUAGUUUAACUAAAAUAACGAAAGUCUGGUUAGGUUGAAUCUUAUAACAUCGCUGGAAGCCCAAAUCAAUUGAAAGUAAAUAUUUUUCCUCCUAUUACUUUCUAUCCAUUGAAAUCAACCUUCUUUUUUCAAAUAAUUAUCAUCAUAAUCGUUGUCAUCUUUUGCUUCUUCUUCCCCUUUCUGGCUCGUUUAUUCAAAUUUAACAAUCCCCCUUUCAUUUCAACUUUUCAUCAUCAGUGGAACCAGAAAAAAACCCUUUUUCCUUAUCCAGUGUUAACCAGUUCUCUGAUGGUUUUUCUUCUUUCUGUGGCUUAAAUCGUCAUAAUUUAACAAUUUUUAACAAUUUUAUUUAUUUUCCUUUCCAAUUGUUUACUGGUGAUUAACUAACUGCGUUCAAUUAAUUUCAAAAUCCACAACAAUCUACCAAAACAACAUCUGAACGAAUUAAGCUGAAAAGAUUCUUACAAGUUAUUGUGUUGCUGUUGAUUUGGUGCAACAAGUAAAAACACAACAAAAUCAACUGGACUUUCAAUUUUUAAGUGUAACCUGGAUUAGUGACUUUACUGUGGAUAUUUUGUUUCUAAAUCAUAGUCAAAUAUGAAGAAAAGUGAUCGUUUUAUUUUACUUCCUCGAGCAGCCAAUGCAACUCGUGUUUAUGCCGCCAUCAAAAUAAUCCUUUGUUUCUUAUUUAUGGCUUAUUUUGUAAGCUUGGUUGCCUGGACAGUUCAUGCUAUGGCCUUUUUUAAAUCCAAAAUUGACGAAGAUAAUGAUGUUACUCGUGAAAAUCAAAAGUACAAAACACAUAAUCACUUUUUCCUUUUUACUGGACUCUACAUUGGUGCUGCAACUCUCAUUGGUUUAUGGGGAAUCCUCAAAGAAAAUAUCUCUACCAUUUUUGGUUUCCUUUGUCUUUUUGCCAUUGGUUUCGUUUUUGAAAUCACCGGAGCCUUCAAAUCAAACGAUGAAGAUGUUAGAAAGCUCAAAUUUGUCUCCGUCUCCUUGGAACCUGUUUUAAUGGUUCUCUCAUUAGGAUUUACAUUAAUGAUACGGUCGGCUGAAAAAAGAUUGGCCAGUUUACCAAUUUAUCGGCAAACGAUGGCUGAAUCAAGGCGUAAUUCACUUACUGGUUCAGAAAUUGGUGCUUCACCUACCAUGGAGAUUGCCAAUCAACAAGAAUCUGGACAUGAUAAUCCUAAUUUAGAUUUACAAGAUGAACCCAAUGCUCAACAACAAUCAUCAAAUAACAACAACAACAAUAAUGACUCUAGAGGAGUUGCAACUUUACCUGUUAAACAAGAAUCAUUCCUAAAGCCACCUUCUUAAUCAACUUGGAUAUUCAAUCCUUGCUUAUAUUUUUAUUUUGUACAAUUUUGUCAACCUUGUUUACUUGUUCUCUUCUAUUCUCAAUCUAAAUUUAAUUUACUCUUUUUUAUUCGAGCUUCUGGAGCUUACAUUAUUUUGUUUCAACAGAUGAUAACUUUCAUCAUGUUUUAAUUUUAAUUUUUUUCCUUGUCUCUUCCCAGCUCUUUUUACUCCUUUUUUGCCGAAAGAAACACAUUAAUGGUGUUUACAAUUUUCUGAUCAUGUCAAGGUUGAUUAAUCUUGAUUGUCGACUAUCUCCGCUCAAUUUUGCUGCUCCUUUCUAUGAAUGCAUUCUGAUACAUUACCUCUCUUACGAAAAAGCAUCAAAUUUAAUUUAAUGGUUAUAAAGACUAUCUAUUUGUGUUGCCAAUCAAGUCCAAUGAUGAUGACCAAUUUAAUUUUUCAAGAUACCCAAAAAGAUGGUUCGGAUCACCAAAAAUCACCAAGUAACGACGGAAUCACACGAAUUGUUCUAACAUAGCCGAUUGGCGAAUUAUACUGCUCAAUAAAAUUGAUUCAAAGUACGCAAAAUUGUUAGACGUCUCAUUUUAUCCGAGAAGAUGAUCACCUUUGUCCCAAAAUUAUAUCCAAUUGUAAUUACAACUACAAUUACAGCUAUUCAACAAUUGUUGAGUACUGAAUAGCUUUGUUGUGACAAUUACAGGCGUCGGAUUAACCUUGUUUUUUCGAUUAUCUUGAAAUUGAAUUGAUCAUUUUAUAUUUCUAGUUGUGAACAUAUUUUACCUGCGCUUUUGUACUUCAACAACCAUAACAUUAACUUUGAAGGUCUAAAUGCGCACCAACAUUUAACCUUGAUUAACAUUACAAGUUUGUAUCUUAA